CCGAUUUCGCGUUUCUUCCUUUUUCUCUCUCAUCUGGCGUCUGACCCUUCAUAAUCUUCCUCGUUAAGAUUCAAUAUCUUCUCAUUUCUUGGGGUUCUUAUCUCCUCCCGCUCCUCCCUCCUCCUCUUGCAUCUCACCCCUCAACUACACUCUCUGCUCUGCCAUCUUCCUAUUCCUCCGUAUCAAUCAGGUCAAAGCUUGGUGGAUUCUGAAUCGCAGAAUUUCAAGCAAAACUCUUGUUUCUUUCUGAUUGUAAGAAGAUAAGCCCGCAAUCUCAUAUCCGGACACGCGCGUGAAACAGUAUGGCGGAAGAGCACCGAUGCCAAACACCCGAAGGCCACCGGCUUUGCGCUAACAACUGUGGCUUUUUCGGAAGUCCGGCCACCAUGAAUCUCUGUUCCAAAUGCUACAGAGAUUUCUGUCUCAAGGAACAGCAGCAAGCCUCUACGAAAGCAACCAUCGAAACCGCUCUCUCAUCGUCAUCCGCCCCUGCGCCUUCGCUGGCCACGGAGGCCCUCCCUCCUGCGCAGGCAUCGAAAGCGCCGGAUGUUGCGGUGGACGCGUUGAUCUCGGCGCCGGCAGCCGCCGUAGAAGUUGGCACGGUGGCACAACCAAACCGAUGCGCGACGUGUCGCAAAAGGGUCGGGUUGACCGGGUUCAAGUGCAAGUGCGGGAUCACGUUUUGUGGCGUCCACAGGUAUGCGGAGAAGCACGGGUGUAGCUUCGAUUUCAAGGUGGUGGGCCGAGAGGAAAUAAGUCGAGCGAAUCCUGUCGUCAUCGCUGAGAAGCUGCACAAGAUUUAAUCUGAGCCGUUAGUUGCCGAGUUGGACCGCAUGGUUCAAAGAAGAGAUUUGAGAGAGGCCGUCCAUCGUUUUAAUCUGAUACCCAUUGUGCGACGCUUGAUCACAUGUACUAAAAAUUUAGGAAAUUUAAGAUGAAAUUGGCUUUUAUCUUAUCGUCUUGAAUGAAAGAUUGAAUUGAGUAAGUCAUGUAAUUUGGCUUUCCUAUUUGUAAAAAGCUAAAUAGAAUCAUCCUUUUGUGAAAGCUUUCCGAGAGCUACUUACCAUUACAGGCCCACCCAC